AUGACAGCAGACCUGACCCUUAUCCAGUUUAUUGGUGUUCUAUUGAAGAACCAUCGUUUCUUUGUAGUAUUCAAAGGCAGAGUAGAGUACGUCUUCAAAGGAACGGUCCCCCAAGGGAAGACGUUGACCGAUGUUCUUGACCAGUCACAGCAGUGCUUCACUGUGAGUCACCUGAAAGCGAUCAACCCUGCUAUUAAGACCCAAAAAGAAAAACAAUGGCUGGACAGUGUUUUUGGGGAGCAGGAAUCCCAUUGUGAUGCGACUGCGCUCAUCGUCGCGGCCUGCGUGUAUUCAACAGCAUGCCAAUCAUGUGCCUUCACAUGCGGAAGUCUUUGUCUGCCUCAGAGCUAUGUAUGUGACGGUUUUGUUGACUGUGUGGACGGCACGGCUGCAGAUGAGCGCAACUGUCAAACCCAAACUCUAUGCCCUCUGGACUUUGAGAAAUGCCCGACCACAGCCGUGGGUACCCACAAUGCUUGCAUUCACCAGUGGCGUUGCGACGGGGACAAUGACUGUGGAGAUAUGUCAGAUGAAGACCGCACCUUCUGUGAGAAUACCCCUUGCCCAGCGAGCAUGAUCAAAUGUGCGGAUACAUUUCAGUGCCUGCCUGGCUACGCCUACUGCAAUGGAUUUAUGAAUUGCCAGGAUGGGUCAGACGAACCAGCAUCUUGCCUGGAUCCUGGUAAUACUUGUCCGGCCGAGCACUUCAAGUGCUUGAACGGUCGUCGCUGCAUUCCCAAUGUGUGGAUUUGUGACAUGGAAGACGACUGCGGCGAUAACUCAGAUGAGAGUGAGGACCUACACUCUUGCAGCACCCAUGCUUGCGACAGUACUCGCUACUUCACCUGCCAACGCAACCGCCCAGGCUACAGCCGCUGCAUCCCGCUGGAACUAUUGUGUGACGGGACCAGUCAUUGCGAGUAUGCUGAGGACGAGAACACAACCAUGUGUGGCACACCGCAGCCCUGUCUAGGUUACGAGUUCUUAUGCGACAACCAUUUGUGUAUUCCUAUAUGGUACCAAUGUGACCAUGACAACGACUGUGGCGACGGUAGUGAUGAAGGAGCUACGUGCGUAUACCCUACCUGCAAUUCUAAUCAGUUCACGUGCCACAACGGACGUUGUAUACCGCUAUCAAAUCGGUGUGACGGCUUUGACCAUUGCCGGGAUAAUUCUGACGAAGAAAAUUGCAUGUGUCCCGAUGAUCCUACCGGGAUGACCGAAUACUUCCAGUGUGUCAACAAGCAGUGCAUUGUCUCAACCCUUGUGUGUAAUGGUGUCCCCAACUGCAUGGACAGCUCUGAUGAGGGCAGUACUUGCGGCAUUAAUGAGUGUACCACUAACACGUGCCAGCACAGCUGCGUAGACACGCCGUUGUCCUACAUGUGCUUGUGCCCAAAUGGUUACGUCUUAGCGGAUGACCAACGUAACUGUGUCGACCUAAACGAGUGCGUAGAGACGCCUUGGCUGUGUGACCAGGUCUGUACGAAUAGUGAGGGAAGCUACGCGUGCUCUUGUGCACAGGGCUACACCCUGUCUAGUGACGGCUACAACUGUACCGUCACCCAGGGGGGCGAUCCUCACCUCCUCUUCGCCAACCGCUACUACAUCCGUUGGAUGGACGUUGCGGUGGGCUCUCAGGAUAGGCGCAUCGCGCAGGACUUCGAUUUGGUGGUGGCUAUUGACUACGACUACACGGGCGGCAAGAUAUACUUCUCAGACGUCCAAGCCCGGGCCAUCAUGCGGAUGGAUGUGGACUUGGUGAGCGGGAUCGGACUUGGCAACUUGGAGACCAUCCACAACCAUUCCAUCUUCAACGUCGAGGGACUCGCUGUUGAUUGGGUCACCAAAAAGCUGUAUUGGACGGACAAGGUCACUGAUUUGCUGGAGGUAUCAGAGCUGGAUGGUAGCAAUCGUCUGUCUCUUCUCCGCUCCGGUCUGUUUGAGCCCCGUGGUUUGGCUUUGGAUCCCCAAAAUGGGUAUGUCUACUGGUGCGAUUGGGGCCUGAGGCCAUACAUCGGCCGACUUGGAAUGGACGGAGCCAACAAAAUGGAACUCCACGAUGACAGAGUUACGUGGCCCAACAGCCUGACCAUAGACUACACGUCGGGCAUAGUUUACUGGGUUGAUGCCCAUUUGGACUACGUGGCCUACUCGGACCUGAACUUCCAGACAAUCCAUCAACUUCUCCACGACGGCGAUCGGCACACCGUGGCCCACCCCUUCGCCAUCACUGUGUUCGACAAUACAGUCUACUACACCGACUGGAACCUGAAGAAGAUCUUCAAGGCGAAUAAGUACAGCGGGGCGGAGGUUGAGCUCACUAGCACCAUUCACCGGCCGUUUGACAUCAAGGUGGUCCAUCCACUGCGACAACCCCAUAUGACCAAUAUCUGCGGGCCAAACACCUGCCCCGGACUGUGCCUGAUUGCCCCUGGAGGCAAUGCCUACACCUGUGCCUGCGCAGAGAACUACGUCCAAUCUGGAAACGAUUGCAUACCGCGAUGCCCGGCAGGACAGAAUCCCUGUACUGCAGAAGACAAGUGCAUCCCAUGGUACAUGCAGUGCAAUGGAGUUGAGGACUGUAGAAGUGGCAAUGACGAAAUAGGCUGCCCUCCGCGAUCCUGCCAGCCAGGCGAGUAUCAAUGCAACGAUGGUUCCUGUUUGACAUCUAUCCUGUGGCUGUGUGAUGGUGACAGGGACUGCCCAGACAACAGCGAUGAAGGCACACAGGCCCAAUGCAGUACGACAGAAUGCACAGCCUGGCAAUUCAAAUGCGUGGAUUCGGGACAGUGCAUCAGUCGACGAUACGUUUGUAACAAACAUAAUAAUUGUGAUGAUGGCUCAGACGAAGCGGACUCAUUGUGCAUGACUCAUGAUUGCGUAGAGGGGUUUUUCACCUGUGACAAUGGCUACUGCAUUCCUGAGGAGUGGAAAUGUGAUCUGGACGACGAUUGUGGCGACGGAUCUGAUGAGCCUCACCGGGAAUGCCAGGAUACCCCCUGCCCACAUGGUUGGAUCAGGUGCCAGACCAACUACAGGUGUAUUCCAGAAUAUGCUCGCUGUAACACGUACGAUGAGUGCCGCGAUAACUCCGACGAAGUUGGUUGUGAGGCAGUAACCUGUGACCCCCUGGGCGAGUUUCGCUGCAACAAUGACCGUUGUAUCCCCCAGCGCUGGUACUGCGAUUUGGACGAUGACUGCGGGGACUUUUCCGAUGAACCGCGAGGCUGCGAGCCUCGUGCCUGCAGCGAGAGCGAGUUCCGAUGUGUCGAUAGAGGUCUGUGCAUCAGGAAUCGAUGGCGCUGCGACGGUAACCCAGACUGCAGUGAUGGCUCCGACGAAGAUGGAUGCGAUCCACUGGUAUGCGGGCCCGAUCAAUUCGAGUGCACCAUCGGAGGCUGUAUCGCUCGCAAUCUAACCUGUAAUGGCUAUGUUGACUGCGGAGAUCGCUCAGAUGAAAUCAACUGCGUUUGCUCUGCGGACCAGUUCCGAUGCGGCAACACGUUUUGUGUGCCUCUCGGUCAAGUAUGCGACACGUACGACGACUGUGGAGAUAACAGCGAUGAAUCGGUCGACGCCUGUCGCACUGUCGUUUGUGAACCCAACGCCAUCAUGUGUAUCGUUGAUAACCUUCUCAAGUGUUUGCCUGAACACAAACGCUGUGAUGGCAUUCAAGACUGCUUUGACAAUGAGGAUGAGCGAGAUUGUGCGACGGUCUGCACGGCAAAUACCUUCAAGUGUCAGAACGGCGAGUGCAUCAUGUGGGACAGAGUGUGCAACAUGCAGCAGGACUGCAGCGACAACUCAGAUGAGACAGCAUGCUACAAAACCCCGGUGGACUGUGAGAUGAGCACAUGUCAGAAGGAGUGUAUCACCCUGUCUAAUACUGCUAUCGUCUGCAGCUGUGGCCCAGGCUUUGUGGAAACGGCCAGUGGUUGCGAAGAUAUCAACGAGUGCUACCUCCACAAUCCCUGUGACCAAGUCUGCCGCAACACCAAGGGGGGUUACGAGUGUUCCUGCGCUGUUGGUUUCACAGACAGAGGUGUCCAUGGCAACGACUGCAAAGCCAAUGGUGACGUUGAGGUGAUUUUGUUUGGAGAUGGUUCAGAGUUACGCAAGUAUGUCUUGGAGCAGAACAGGUAUCAGGACAUCGUAGUGAACGAAGCGCGUAUCGACUCCGUGGACUUUGAUUUCAGCUCAGGCUCUGUGUACUUCACUGACUCACAGCUGCGUGCUGUCAAGAAAGUCGCGGUCGGCAACGAUAACGCCAUGGAAGCGCCGGAUAACCUGGGUCUUGACAAUGUGUACGCUCCCGUGGGUAUCGCUGUGGACUGGCUGGGAAAUAAUAUCUACUUCACGGAUCAAGGCCUACCCCCUGAUGCUCGUGAGAGACGUGCAGCAGCAGACAGAAGGCCUAAGGUGGUGGUAGCAGCCCUCCGAUCCCACCCAUACCAUGAGAAGACGCUUCACACGGCUACCAAGCCAUCGGCCAUCGCUGUCAACCCACGCAGAGGCUUGAUGUAUUGGACCGAUCUCGGCGUACCAGAGAGAGGCACCCGUCUAUUCAUGUCCUGGAUGAAUGGCGAGAACUAUAGCCCAGUCCAUGAAGCAGCCGGGAAACUAGACCAACCCACUGGGCUUUCCGUGGAUUACACUGGCAACGAUACCGUCUACUGGUGUGAUGCUCGCUCAGAUAAAAUAGGCUACAUCACGUAUGAUGGGUCAUACUUUGCCAUUCUCCAGGCCAGUGGCGGUCUCGGUAAUCCUUUCCAGCUAGACGUCUUUGGUAACCUCGUCUACUGGACUACUAGCAGCACCAGCGAACUGGGCAUGAUCAAGACCAUGAACAAGACCGGCGGGGACAUAACCGACUUUCUGUCUGGGAUCCAACGACCCACGGCCAUUAGGGUCUACCAAGAGCAACGCUACCCCCUGGAUGUGCCCAACCCGUGUGCGAGGAACCCAUGCCGGUAUCUGUGUCUGAUAGUGCCCCAGCUGAAGGGCAACGCUAUCACUAAAGGCUUUGAGUGCGCCUGCCCAUCCGGUGUGCCUGUGGAUCCCAAUCACUGCAAUGCCGAAACCACUGUGCCCCCUACGUGUGUGUGCCAAAAUGGAGGCAAAUGCAUGGUUGGUGGAGAGUGCGACUGCACAGGUACUAACUUCGCGGGAGCUAAUUGUGCUGAGCCCAAUCACAGUGGUCCUGGAGCAAGUACCGGUACAGCUGUUGGCUUGGCAGCGGGGCUCGCUGGGUUCAUCCUUAUUGCCAUCAUCCUCAUCAUCAUUCUGCUGCUUGUCUUCCUGAAGAAACGAAGGAAGUUUAAUGGACCUGUGACCUAUCGCGACGGGCAGAACGUUGACAUCAAUCCCCCACCGCCAGGCAGAGAUGUCGAACCAGCGAGCCACUAUGAGACCUCUCUGGCACCGCAUGCUCCAGUUACCUUCGAGAACCCCCACUAUGCCAACGCGAUCGGUGCAGUCGGCGCGGUCGGUGCUGACGGUGCCGUGGGCAUCCCGGAGAAGACCGUCCUGCCUUACGACCCGUCCCUGUACCAACCAGGCUACGAGGCGGGACCCUUACCCAAUAAGGAGGACCCAUCGGCCAUGGGCAUGCAGGCACACUUCCCAGAGCCCCCACCGGCCUACUCCCCAAACAACCCCCAACAACCACCGCCACAAGCCAAGGAUCCAGAAUAAGAAGGAUAGAUCAAAAAAGAUCUUGAUCAGCAAAAGGGGGUGUAAUUAUACUUGUCUUCAAAUACAUUUGAAUCAGCAAUCUUGAUCAGUCUAUUCUAUAUGGCAGUCAUAGUAUUAUCCUGAAAUGCGCAGUCUGUAAACCACCACGCCUAGCGCACGCUGUUACGAUUCAUGCACGUCCUGCUCCAUACACGUAUAAUACGAUAACUUCUGAAAAACAGACACAGCAUACGCUAUGUUACGAAUGCCUGUUCUGCUAGUAAUUAACGCGCAAGCAUCGUGCGACCGUCUCCUUGCAGCUGUGGACAAAUCAGGAAUUAAACAUACUGAAAAACUGCCAAAAUUGCCAUGUCCUCAGUUCAAGAUAUGUAUCACAACACAAGAGCUUCGUAUCCUGAUACGUUUUGAGCUUAGUGUCCUGAUACGUAUUAAUUUAAUAAAAACACUGUAUUAUUACACCCCUAAUCAAGGCAGCACUUUGUUACGUGGAGUUCUUAACUUCAAAAUCUGUUACGUUGGGGAGUCACAUUCCCUUCCAAACCCUAUUAAUGCGAGCACAAUUUCAGCAGGUUUUUAAAACAGAAAUACAUUGCAAUUUCACAUACUGUUUAUGAAGAAAUUCAAACUAAGUGUAAAGAUUCUGUGAUAUCAUAUGAGGGUAGAUCUAUUUUGUGAGAUUUUGCACUGUUGUGAGAACACGCUCUGAAAUUCUCAGACCAAAAAAAAAGAAAAGUUUAUACCGUUUCAUGGUUUCACUGAAUAUUUACACUUACUGCUGGCAUCCUCAUGCAAUUUUCAAACCUUCAAUUAAUCAGAAACUAGAUAACAGUUGUGUUCCGUUAUCAGUUACUCGUCUGUUCAUUAUGUUAAUUUUUUUUUAAAGUUUUGCUUGCUUGUUAGCUUGUUUUAUUUUUUCAUGGUGCACAUUCAUGAUCUUUGCAACUUUAUGAAAAAAGAGCAAAAGGGUUAAAUAACCAAGCGUUCUAAGCUACAGCUACGUUUAUGCACAUGUUGUAAUUAUUGAAGACCUGGACAAUAGCCCUAGCCAAGAGAUUUAGACACGGCUUAAAGCACCGUGCACUUCAUGUCACGAUUCUCUUGUUUCGUUGUGCAUGGUUUCUAAUAACAAAUUAUCAUCAACUGUACUUAGUUUUAUACUGCAAUAAAAAAUUGAGGACUUUCUAAUUUAAGGCAUGCUCCCACGAAACCGCAACAAAGUUACAGAAGUUUUGCACAAAGUGUACAUAAGUCAAUUUGGGGUGGGACAAACUAUUUUGAGGUUUUGGGAUUUUCUGAAUCAGAAACUAUAAAUCUACAACCUCCCAAAAUAUGAAUAUAAUCCAUCAAGAAGAAGUGUGUUUAUUGGUUGAUUUAGUACAAAAAAAAUGUGUGUAGAAAUGUAUACAAAAAGCAGUUUAAUACACAUUUUUAUCUCAUAAUUGGGUUUUAAGGUUUUAUCACUUCAUGCUUUCUCCCAGGCGUGAUAGGUCUUGGUACCUAUGAAAUCAUGUAUCAGUUUGACGAUGAAAACCUCAGGAACAACAAAAAACAGUUGUCAACUUUGUCCGGCUAACGCAGAUUUGUAAAAUUUGAGUAGACUUCAAGUGCCUUGCGGUAGGUGUUUUUGUUUUAUAUUUCAAAAAGUAGUAAGAAGUAUCGAGGUGUUAUUAUUCACGAGGUGUUAUUCACGAUUGAUGCCAGGUUCCAGAUUUCUUGAAAAAUGAAUCUGGAAAUUCAAUGUUAUAAUACAUUGCCAGGCUAACUGGCAGUUCAUAGCAUUGCUAUUUUUGUUUUAAAAAUAAAUAUUAUGCAAGUCAUAUCGAUCAAAGUUAUAUUUUGUUAGUGUUUUUAAUUGUUUAUUAGACAAGGUGUUAAUAAUAUUUUUUUGGAAAGCUUUUAAAGAUUAUUCAAGAGUUGUUCAUUAUUCAAUAUUUUUUUUAUCAAGGAGUGCUUAAUAUACACGUGCCUCAAUUGUAAAUUCAUUGAUUUUUAUGGAGCAUUUUUACCUUCUGGUGUGUGAGUAAACAAAAAGGGAAAUUUGCGUCUGAAAAAUGUAUAUUCAAUAUUGGGUUUUGCUCUUCACCCGCGUACUUCAGCCUUAAGCAGGAGGUCAUGGGUUCGAGUCCCACACAAGUAAGCUUGUGAAUUUUUUUCACGCAAGCCUUCAGACAACAUCGAGUAUACAGUGUUUAGAAAAUACGUCAUUGAAGGGCAAAACCCGAUAAUGAAAAAAGGGUAACUACCGUAGUAUAUUCUAAAACUUUGGAUAUUGUUGGGAUGAUGUAUUCUGAAGAUAUUGUAUUCUAGAAAAAUUCAAAAUCUUUAAAAAAAUUUAUCUGGCUUAUGAGAUACCUGGAUGCUAAUGUUCAAGAGACUUUUACAGAUGAACACUAUACAAUAGAAAAAGGUUAAAGAAUAAAGGGAGUGUUAUAAUUUAAAUUUUCUAGCAUAUAUCUACACAGAGAAAUAGUGUGUAUUUUCUCUCUUUUUUUUCUUCUAAAGAAUAGUUUUGCAGUGUAUGCAUAACCGAUUGCACAAAUGGUUUCCGACACUGUGUUUUUAAAAAAGGGACAAAAUAAAACUGUGUAAAGUUGCAUUUAGACAGAGAAUAUUUUUUUUUCUGUCGAAAAAGCUAGGUGUACUACACCACUGGAAGUUAAUGUGCACUUUAAAGAAUGCACAUCAUAGCUACAUUACGAGUUAGCAACACAUAGAACUGGUUUCUAUUUUGCAGCAAUAAUUUGUAACAUUUGUCAUUUUGAAUUUGGAAAAUAAGUUUUAAGUAAACUGCUUUCAAUCGUUAUUUGCAGCUUCUCUGUUUUCAUUGCGUGUAUUUUCCUGCUGUGUAUAUUUGGAUGAGUUUAAGGGGAGUUUAUGAACUAGUCUUUCAUAAUUUUAAAGCUUGACGAAUUUUUGUUAUAUAGAAAUUUAAGCAGUCAUUAUAGAUUUUUUUACUGAGAAAUGAUAUCCAUUUUGAAGAAGAGUAUGUACAUUUCAUGUAGAGCAAUAAAAUAUAUUUUUAGGAUACAGCAUAUUAGUACUUAGUGUAAAUCAAAACUUUUAAAUUUCAUAUUUGGAUGUAAAUGUUGAUGUACAAUUAUGAAAACUAUAUUUCGAAGGUUUCUUUUUGUUUACGUGGCUUCUUUUCUAGAGGUGUAUAAUUUCAGCAAAAUAAAACAAAAAUGUUUUUAUCGCA